AUGGAGACCUUGGACCUGAGUGGAAAGUCCAAGGCUCAUCGGCGUGGAGCAACUCCAGGCAUCGCCAACAGCCUUGGGAGGCAGGCCUCUGAGCGGGCCACGCCCAUCUGCUCUGAGGGCUUCAUCCCCUCUCUGGGCACCACGGUGCACCUGCUUCCCCUCAAAGAUCCAAAGAUGGUGGUGACGGCGCAGCUCCAGAAAGUCGGUUUCAUGAUCCACAUGGAGGAAAAGACACGUCAGAAGCUUCAGCGGCUGGGAGGGAGUGAUCCGGGUCUGGCCAGCUCUAACCUGGAGCCCACAGUGAGCCACCGAGCUCCGGCCCAGGCCUGCGUGAGCAUCGCGGGACUGCAGGGGGGCUUGACCCCUGAAGGUCGGUCCUGGACACCGCUGCACGGGAAGGCCGGCCCACCCUGCCAGGGCCCCUGGGGGUCUAUGCUUGGCCGUCCAAGGACAGUCCCUCUCCUGCCACUUCUCCCUGUGCCUCUCCUGUGGGCUGGCUCUCUCUUGUGGGCUUGCUCUCGCCUUGAUCUGGCCUGGGGGGCGGGGACCUUCACUCUGGGGGUGCUGGGUCCCUGGGACUGUGACCCCAUCUUUGCCCAGGCCCUCCCCAGUGUGGCUGCCCAGCUGGCGGUGGACCGAGCAAAUCAGGACGCCUCGCUGGCGCGGGGCUCACGGCUGGCUUCCGUGGUCCUUCCCACGGGCUGUGACAUGGCUCACGCCCUGGCUACUUUCCUGACCAACGAGAACACUGUAGAUGCUUUUGCGGGCCCCGUCAAUCCUGGUUUCUGCCCAGCGGCAGCCCUGCUGGCCCAAAGCCGGGGCAAGACCCUCUUCUCCUGGGCGUGUGGGGCUCCAGAGGGAGGAGGUGAGCUGGCGCCCACCUUGCCCUCGGCCGCCCACGUGCUGCUGUCCGUCAUGAGACACUUUGGCUGGGCUCACGUGGCCAUCGUGUCCUCCCACCAGGACAUCUGGCGGGAUACCGCCCGGCAGGUGGCCAUGACUCUCAGAACCCAUGGGCUGCCCGUGCGGCUGGUGACCUCUCUGGGACCUGGGGAGCAGGGCGUCACAGAGAUCCUCAAGCAGCUGUGCGGAGUGGAUGGCCUGAAAGGCGUGGUGCUGUGCAUGCACUCGGCGCUCCUGGGCGGCUCUGAGCAGACGGCGCUGCUGAGCCGGGCGUGGGCCGGGGGCCUGGCGGACGGCAGGCUGGUCUUCCUGCCCUACGACACGCUGCUCUUCGCCUUGCCCUUCCGCAACCGCUCCUACCCGGCCCUGGGCGAUGGCGGGGCCCUGCGGGAGGCCUACGAUGCGGUGCUGACCGUCAGCCUGGAGUCCGGCGCGGCAGACAAGGCCUUCGAAGCGGCCGGUGCAGGCGGAGGGGCUGCGCGCCUGGACCCAGAGCAGGUGUCCCCGCUCUUUGGAACCAUCUACAAUGCCGUUGUCCUGCUGGCACACGCCCUGAACCGCUCUGAGAGCCGUGGGCCAGGACUCUCAGGAGCCCCCUUAGGGGGCCACACAGCGUCUCUGGAUGUGGCUGGUUUUAGCCAGAGGAUCCAGACAGAUGAGAAGGGCAGGAGGCUGGCUCAGUACGUCGUGUUGGACACAGAUGGUCGGGGAAGCCAGCUGGUCCCCACUCACAUCCUGGACACAGGCACGUGGCAGGUGCAGUCCCUGGGCAGGGCCACACACUUUCCAGGAGGCGUCCCUCUGGCACGUGACUCCAGCUGCUGGUUUGAUCCCAACACGCUAUGCAUGAGAGGUGAGCAGCCCCCCGGCGGCCUCCUCGCUCUGGCCCUGGCCUGUGUCCUGCUGCUGGCUGGUGCGGCCCUUGCUGGCCUCACCAGGUUGGGCAUCCAGCAGCUGCAGCUGGUGCGGGGCCCCCACCGGAUCCUGCUGACAGCCCAGCUCACCUUCAUCCACCGGCCCCCUAGCAGACGGAGGCUACACGUGGACAAUGCCAGUGAGUCAAGAAGCGUGGCGGAUGGUGGGAGCCUGACAUCAGCAGCCCAGGGGUCGGCAAGGAGCCUGCCAGCCCCCCUGGAGCCCACCAGCGUGGCUCUGUUCCAGGGGGAGUGGGUGUGGCUGAAGAAGUUUGAAGCUGGAACAGCCCCUGAGCUGCGGCCGAGCUGCCUCAGCCUCCUGAGAAAGAUGCGGGAGCUGCGGCAUGAGAACGUUACUGCCUUCCUGGGCUUCUUCGUGGCCCCUGGGGUCAGUGCUCUGGCGUUGGAGUACUGUGCCCGGGGCAGCCUGGAGGAUCUGCUGCGGAAUGAGGCUCUGCGGCUGGACUGGACCUUCAACGCCUCCCUGCUGCUGGAUUUGAUCCGUGGGGUGCGGUACCUGCACCAGCGGCAUUUCCCGCACGGCCGCCUCGAGUCCAGAAACUGUGUGGUGGACAGACGCUUUGUGCUAAAGGUCACUGACCACGGUUACGUGGCGCUGCUGGACACUCAGCGGGCUCCCCGCCCCCGGCCAGCCCCAGAAGAACUGCUGUGGACGGCUCCGGAGCUGCUGCGGGGGCCCGGGCCCCCCGGGCGGGACACCCUCAAAGGGGACUCGUUCAGUGUAGGCAUCAUCCUGCAGGAGGUGCUGACUCGGGGCCCGCCCUACGGCUCCUCUGGCCUCUCAGCCGGAGAAAUCAUCGGGAAGGUGGUGUCGCCCCCUCCCCUGUGCCGGCCACGGGUGUCUGCUGACCACGGGCCCCCCGAGUGCAUCCAGCUGAUGGGGCGGUGCUGGGAGGAGGCUCCAGAGGACAGACCCACCCUGGACCAGGUCUACACCCAUUUCAAAAGCAUCAACCAAGGCAAGAAGACCAGCGUUGCUGACUCUAUGCUGUGGAUGCUGGAGAAAUAUUCCCAGAACCUGGAGGACCUGAUCCAGGAGCGGACUGAGGAGCUGGAGCUGGAGCUGGAGGGACAGAAGACGGAAAGAUUGCUCUCUCAGACGCUCCCACUGUCUGUGGCUGAAGCUCUGAAAAAGGGGGCGCCUGUGGAGCCAGAGUACUUUGGCCAGGUCACCAUACACUUCAGUGACAUUGUGGGUUUUACCAUCAUCUCAGCCCUGAGUGAGCCCAUCGAGGUGGUGGGCUUGCUCAACGACCUCUACACGCUCUUUGAUGCUGUUCUGAGCAGCCACGACGUGUACAAGGUGGAGACCAUCGGGGAUGCCUACAUGGUGGCAUCGGGGCUGCCCCGGCGCAACGGGAGCCGGGAGAUCGCCAACGUGGCCCUGGACACGCUCAGCUCCGUGGGCGACUUAUGCAUGAGGCACGCGCCCACUGUGCCCGUUCACAUCAGGGCCGGCCUGCACUCAGGGCCCUGCGUGGCAGGGGUCGUGGGUCUCACCAUGCCUCGGUACUGCCUCUUUGGGGACACUGUCAACACCGCAUCUCGGAUGGAGUCUACAGGGCUGCCGUAUAGAAUUCACGUCAGCAGAAGCACCGUCCAGACACUGCUCAGCCUGGAUGAAGGCUACAAAAUUGACAUUCGAGGCCAGACUGAGCUGAAGGGGAAGGGCUUCGAGGGCUUCCUCAGGUCCCUCCCCACACCUCUGGACGUCAAACCCGGGCCUCGGGACCCCCAGGAACCUGGGUGGAGCAGUGGCUGCGGCCACACAGAGCCCUACCCAUCUUCAUCUCUGAGUCUCUUCCCCACACAAUCUGGGGUCCAGCGAGCCCCCGCCCGCCCAGAAGGCUCUGUGGGAUCACCGGUGGCCUCUGCCCAUGUCAUCAGCUCCGUGGGCAGUUUUAGUGCCCAGCCUGACUGCGAGCUAGCGUUUUCCACCUCCCUCUGCCUAGAAAUGUACUCUCCGAGGCCUCCUGGGCGGCCCGGCUCUGCUCUCCUGGCUCCAGCUCCUCCGCCCUGGGCUCCCCGCUGGCUCCUCUACGCUCCCCAGCCCCCGGCCAUCCCUUCCUACCCCCAUGCCAAUGACACCCCUCAUGGGCCUCGGCCCUCAACCCCCCACCGAGCUCCAGGCUGGGGAGUUCACGCUGCCCCUCAACAGUUGCUUCUGGAGCGCUCACGGCCUGGCCUCCACCCGAGUUCUCUUCUCAUGGGUGGCCUCGCCGUCCUCAGCCAGAAAGCUGGCUGCUGUCCUGGGGUCCUCAGCAAGUCUGGCAGCUCUGCCUCCAUCGCGGCCCCGGCCGCCGGCUCCUCCAGCCCCACCCCUGCUCUCCUGGCCACCGCAGGGCCGCCUGGCCUGUCCCCUCAUCCACCAAGUGAUCUUUAA